ACUAAAACUCUCUCUCUCUCUCUUCUCCCUAUUUUCAAUAGUUUGAACGAUCAGUUUUUUCUGUGAAAAGGAAAAAAAUCGGAGAAUUUCACCUUUGGUUUCCUUUUUUUUCCCCCUUCUCCGGUAGAUGAAAAAAGGAACAGAGGGAAAAACAAAUAAAAAAGGGGAAAAAACCGCGGCUGUCCUGUACACACCUAAACCAGGGAGAUUCUACGUCUUUGCUCAUUGAUUCCACCAUCGACAGAGAUCGAAACUGACCGAUCCUUCCGUCCGAAACGAAAACCCUGCUCCCCUCCUGUUUCGAUCGAUUUCUUCCUUCGAUUCUCCUGUUCAAUACGUUGAUUUUGCGGAAUCGAACAAUCCGGUUCCUGGGUUGUCUGGUGCAUCCGUUUCUUUGCUCUGAUCGGAUGCUAUCUCGAUCAAGUUGGGGAAAAUCGUAGGUGGAUUUCUGUUGAUUACAUGAUUUUGUGUAAGGUACAAGAAGGCCUCUUGGUUUCGGCGCGGUUUUGCGGAGGAUUUGGGGGUUUGCUAAUUGCAAUGUUGGAAAGGGGCUAGGGUUAGGGUUUGGUGGUAGAACUCGAAGAAAGAGAUAUGGAGGAGUCUGAGCUUGAAGAAGGAGAGGCUUGCUCCUACAAUAACAAUGGAUGCAUAGACCCGGAUACCGAUCUCUCAUACAUUGAUGAGAAGCUUCGUAAUGUCCUUGGACACUUCCAGAAGGACUUUGAAGGUGGAGUUUCAGCUGAGAAUCUUGGGGCAAAAUUUGGUGGCUAUGGCUCUUUCUUACCAACAUAUCAGCGUUCUCCUGUAUUGUCUCAUCCAAAGACACCAACAAAGCCUCAGAACUGCACAACUCCUAGAUCUCCAAACAAUAUACCUGUGGAGUGUGGUAAUGCAGCUUCAUCUAUUGUUCAUAAGAAAGUGAGACCCGGGAAUGCUUCCUCAAGCGUUUCGUCUCGUUCCACCUUAAAGGCUCUAUCAUCAACUGGUUCUGCAAACCAAAAAAAAUCAAUAAAAUCCAAGAAAUCCAAUCAUGCGGAGACUUCUAAUUCUAGACAGGAAUCUGCAAACAAGAAACCUGUUAUCUUCAGUAAACAGAACUCAUUGAAACUUCGGAUCAAAGUGGGAUCAGAUAGCCUGCCUGGGGAAAAGAAUGCUGCGAUAUACAGUGGCCUUGGUCUUGAUGUCUCGCCCUCUUCAUCAUUUGAUAAUAGCCUUUCAGAAAGUGAAGGGAUGUACCGUGAACCUAGGGAUUCUCCAUUUGAGUCGCCUACUAGUAUUCUUAUGGUCAUGACUUCCCUUCCUGUGGAGGAUCAUCUGUUAUCACCUCUUUCUGAUGAACUCAUCCGAUUUGUUGAAAGCGAAAAGGUCCAUACGGAUGAUAAGUAUACACCUCCUUCCAGGCUUUUCACUGAAAGCUCUCAUGCUAUGGUAAAUGGUUCGGAACCUAAAUAUGGGGAAGAGAAACCAUUGGCAGAGAAGAAACUAAAAGCAGUGGAGAGGAAGAGCUUUUCUGCGGAGUCAAAUGGCCGCAAUAAGAAGAAUUUUUUGGAUGGAAGUGACGCCGCAGGAAAGAAGAUUGAAACUGACACAUCAUAUCCUAUUGCUGUGGACACAACAAAAUCCAAUAUUAAGUUAUUUGAUGCAGUCGAGGAAAACUCUAAUGGCAUUGUUAGGAGCAAAGUUGUGGAUGAUGGAGAGAGAGGAUUGUGGGUUCCAACUCAACACAAAGAUCUUGGAUUGGAUGAGAAUCCAAGGACUAAUUCGGCUGGAAGUGUUCAGGAAGACAAUAAAACUAGCUCCUUGGAUGUUGCUUCAGACUACUCAAGGAAAGAAGGCAAACAUAAAGGAAGGAGAAUUUCAGGCUCAGCCAAGACUGACUCGGGUGCUUCUAGGGCUAAAAGUGGUCAUAAGGCAGAUCUUGAAGAUUCUUUGAGAAAACAGAAGGCUGGUCAAAGAGAUAACACCAACGAACAAGAUGUUGCCAAGUCUCUCAAAGAGCAGGAGCCUCAAUUGUCGUCGGGAGGAAAAACGAAGUUGAAGGAAAAUCGAAGCUCCAGUGUGCUAGACACUAAGAAGAAUGAUCAAGGUGACUGUCACACUCCCAGAAAGGAAGUGAUAGCCUCCAAACCACAAAAAGAUGCAAGAAAGGCGGAGGACACUUACAAAGACUUUUUCGGAGACAUGGAGGAAUCUGAAGAAGAGGAUAAUGGCUGUUCAUUGGAAGUGAAGGGUUCUCAGAAAUCAGUCAAAGUAGUAACUUUGGUGGAUGAUGUAUAUGAGAAAACAAACUUUCCACCGACAGAAUCUCUUCCAAAAGAAGUUCAGAAUGCUGCCCUUCCCAUCUUGAGCAAACCUGGAUCUGAUGCUUCUCUUGCAAAUUUGAAUCCUCUGUUCAUUCAAGAACAUUGGGUUGCUUGUGACAAGUGUGGAAAAUGGAGGCUUCUUCCUUUUGGCAUCUUGCCGAAAGACCUUCCUGAGAAGUGGUUGUGCACUAUGCUUAAUUGGCUGCCUGAAAUGAACAAUUGCAACGUCCCUGAAGAUGAAACAACAAAGGCUCUACAGGCAAUGUAUCAGGUCCCUCCCCACAAUAGUCAAGCUGCCAUGCAGAGUAACCCAAUGGGCAUUAGUUCUCAGUUUAAUCAGGGAGAUGACUUCACAAAGAGGAGGAAAAAGGGUUUGAAAGAGAUACCUCAUGGAAUGGGCAAAGAAGGUUCUCGAACAGCGGAAACUAACAAGAAGACUGCACAAGCAUCAGCAAGAAACGGAAACAUUAACCAUUCUGAAUUUGUAAAUCAAUCCGAUUUGGGCAGGCUUAGUGACUUGAACGAAGAGAAGCAAAAGCAUAAACAGAAAGAGAAGGCAAAAGUCGCGGAGCAGCACUCUGAUGGAGGUGAUUCGAGGAGUUUGAAGAUCAAGAGCAAAAGGGAUGCUGAUCGAGAGAGUUUUAUACUAGCCAAGAAGAUGAAGACUGAAAGUUUUCUGUUUUCUGACCAUGAUCAGGGUUGUGAAUAUGGUAGCAUGAGGCAUGGCCGCCCUAGCUCAAGUGGUGGUGUGCCUGCUGUGUCAACAGAUAAUGACCGACGGAGAUAUUUUGACCAUUCGAAGGAAUCAGAGACUGAUAAGAAGCACAAACCUCAAGUCUCAUCCAAGAGACCAAAAGAGGAAGGAUCGUCAGACAUGGGGAACAGCGAUGGCACAGAAGCCAAGAGGAAGAGGAAAUUAAAAAAUAACGAUGAUUCUCAAGUGUACAAGGGGGAGUUACGUGAGAUCAAGAAUCAGGAGCAAAAGAAAGCUCGAAUUUCGAAGUAUGAGGAAAAGGAGUCUAGUUUGACUAAAGGCAAUGCAAAGCUGGAAAAGAAAAGUAAAAGUCAGUUGAAAAGGGAGCUUGGACAUGUUCAAAACUCAGUCGCUGCCACUUCAAGUUCUUCUAAGAUUUCUGAUUCCCAUAAAGCCAAAAACAGUAUCCAUGAAGGUAAAGGUUCACCUGUUGAGUCAGUAUCUUCUUCACCUAUGAGAAUUUCUGACCCAGAGAAAAGUAGAUCAAUCAGAAGGAAGAAAGAAGACCCUCACGAUGUUAAUAUUCUCUCGGCAGUUAGUUUGAGAAGAUUCUCAGAUGGUGAAGAAGAUGGUGGGAGUGUGAGGUCGCAAUCUCUGAUGAAAGACAAACAUGGAUCGCAUGAGUCUCCUAUGGUUGAUCUUUGGGAUAAAGAGCCUAGUUUGAAAGCCAAAGAGCGUGGUGAACCGUCGCUUGAUGCCAAAAGAUAUGAUUUUGAGAACGAUGGCCAGAAUGAUUUGCCGCGGAAACUUGACCAUUCCCAUGAAGAAGUAAGACAAACUAAUGAUCAACGACAUAGUAAUGGAUCCUUGCCAAGGAAGUCUGGAAAAGGUUCAUCUUCUCGGUCCAAAGACAAGAACCAAAGCAUCAUGUCUGAUUCACAGGGUGGUCCAAGACAUAUUGAAAAGAAAAAGUAUGAAGGAAAAUUUUUGAAGGUGGGUACAGAAGGCCAAGCAGAUGUUGGUGCGCAUGGUAGCCCCAAUGGUAGAGUAGAUUCAGUGAGACCAAACAUCCCAAAACACUACGAUGUUGCUGAAAGAACAUCGUCUGAAAAGAGUAAUAAAGCAGACAUAGUCUCAGAAAGGGAAGCUUCUCAGUCACGGCCGCCUUCUAGAAGUGUCCAAGAUGAGACGGCUGUUCGACAUCCGUCUCUGCUAUCUGCGCUGAAAAAAGUUGAUAAAUGUGGCACAUCAGCUGGCACUAGCUCUCAGGCUGAUGAUGUGCCAAAGGCAACAGCUCAAAUAAGAAGGAAGAACAAUUCGGCAACUUCCUUGCAGAAUGAGCAUUCUCCGAGCCCCUUGCGGAAGGAAUUAACAUCUUCUCAGGCUGCUCACAAUGCUUUAAAAGAAGCUAAAGACCUGAAACAUACGGCGGAUCGUCUCAAGAACACUGUAUCAAACCUCGAGCACAUUGAGCUUUACUUCCAGGCUUGCCUCAAGUUCCUUCAUGGUGCUUUUCUCCUAGAAAUGAGCAGCAAUGAGAGUGCUAGGCAAGGAGAGACGAUGGUCCAAUCUAUGAAGAUUUAUAGUAGCACAGCAAAUCUUUGCGGAUUUUGUGCCCACGAGUAUGAGAAGUCCAGAGAUAUGGGAGCUGCUGCUCUUGCAUACAAAUGCAUGGAGGUAGCAUAUAUGAGAGUGGUCAAUUCCUCCUAUACCAGUGCUAACAGAUACCGAAAUGAACUGCAAACUUCUUUACAAAUGGUUCCUCCAGGUGAGUCUCCUUCUUCUUCUGCCUCUGAUGUUGAUAACGUGAACCAUCCAGCAACAGCAGACAAAGUUGGCACCUCAAAAGGUGUUAAUUCUCCGUUAGUUGCUGGAAACCACAUCAUCACUGCCCAAAACCGCUCCAACCUCUUACGGUUGCUUCAAUUUGCUCAGGAUGUAAGUCUUGCUAUGGAUGCCUCGAGGAAAUCACGUGUUGCUUUGACUGCUUCUAUCGGGAACUUGGGAGAGGUCCAACAAGGAGAGGGUAUUCUGUCCAUUAAAAGGGCUCUUGAUUACAACUUCCAAGACAUAGAGGGAUUGCUGCGUUUAGUAAGGCUAGCAAUGGAGGCCAACAACCGCUGAAAUACCAAAAGAAAAUAAAUUAUCUAUUUUCUCAGGAUGAGCACUGAGAAGAAGAGGCAGAUUUCUGUUGGCUUAUUCAUGAAAUCCAAUGGGAAAGAGCCUGCACCGCCUUGCCAGCUGCUCUGCAUCUAUUUACGUUCAGAAGCUGCGUUGUGAGCAUCUUUUUAUGGAUCUGGUGACGUGUACAAAUCCAAGAAGUGGUUUGUUCACUGAACCAGUGGAACUUUGUUUCAAGUGGUUUCUGGUAGGCAGAGGAAGAAACUUCGACAUUUGGCUUUCUCUUACACUAUCAAGGAAGAAUGAACAAGGGGCUGAGAGGAAAAGGGAUAAAUAACAGAUUCUGAUUGACUUGUGGCCCUUCAAAAUCAGUUACAAGUCGUAGUGUGUGCGUGUAGGCGGAGCAAUCAUGGUUUAGGUAGUUGACUGUUAGAAUUCCAUUUCCACGCCUUUUCCUUCUGGGGAAGUUUCCUGUUUGCCUAAAAAAAUUGGGAGAAUUCCCAGUGUGUUGACGGGGAUACUGGGCUCUUUUUUUAGCUAACCAAAACUGAGACAGAGACAGAGACAGAGAGAGGCAGCUUCUGGUAUCAGAUUCCAACUGUUGUCAGCCAAAAUAAACUGCUUAGAGAUUCCGAGAGAAAGGAGAUGAAAACACACAUACAAGAGUUGAAGAGUUCGUUAGUAGUAGCUUUCCUUUGUCAGCCACAUGCUAAUUAGUUUCCUGAGGUUUUUCUGUAAAUAGGAAAAGUAUCAGUAUGGAGUUUUCCGAACUUGAUUUGCCGAAGAAGCCUUCGACAGGGUCAACGGCCCCUGUCACUGGCGCGUAGGUGCAGUUUCCGGCGACUUUUUUUUCUCUUGUUAGACAUAACAAAGCCUGGCCCCCCAUCCGAUCUGGUCCUCUUCCCUCCUAUAUAUAUAUGAUCAUGUUGCGAAAAAAGAGUUGUCUGUUUUAAACUCAAAACAAAAGUUUUUAACUUCAUGUUGUCAUUUUUCCUGAUGUAUAAUUUAUUGUACAUUUUUCCCCAAAGAUAGUGAAAAUACACCAUCUUAUUAUAUGA